AUGCCGCCCGCCAGUGGUGCCGCCUGCCAGUGGUGCCACCCGCCGUUGGUGCCCCCUGCCAGUGAUGCCGCCCACCAGUGGUGCCGCCUGCCAGUGAUGCCGCCCGCCUAUGGUGCCGCCUACCAGUGGUGCCGCCCACCAUUGAUGCCGCCCAUUAGUGAUGUCGCCCACCAGUGGCCGUCCACCAGUGGUGCCGCCCACCUGUGGUGCCGCCCACCAGUUGUGCCGCCCACCAUGGUGCCGCGCGCCAGUGGUGCCGCCCGCCAGUGGUACCUCCUGCCAGUGGUGCCGCGCGCCAUUGGUGCCGCCCGCCAGUGGUGCCGCCUGCCAGUGUUGCCGCGCGCCAGUGGUGCCGCCCGCCAGUGGUGCCGCCUGCCAGUGGUGCCGCGCGCCAUUGUUGCCGCCCGCCAGUGGUGCCGCCUGCCAGUGGUGCCGCGCGCCAUUGGUGCCGCCCGCCAGUGGUGCCGCCUGCCAGUGGUGUCGCGCGCCAUUGGUGCCGCCCGCCAGUGGUGCCGCCUGCCAGUGGUGCCGCGCGCCAUUGGUGCCGCCCGCCAGUGGUGCCGCCUGCCAGUGGUGCCGCGCGCCAUUGAUGCCGUCCGCCAGUGGUGUCGCCCGCCAGUGGUGUCGCGCGCCAGUGGUUCCGCCUGCCUGUGGUGCCGCCCACCAGUGGUGCCGCCCACCAGUGGUGCCGCCCACCAGUGGUGCCGCCCACCAGUGGUGCCGCCCACCAGUGGUGCCGCCCACCAGUGGUGUCGCCCGCCAGUGGUGUCGCUUGCAAUUGGAAUCGCCCACCAGUGGUGCCGCCCGCAAUUGAAGCCGCCCACCAGUGGUGCCACCCACCAGUGCUGCCGCCCACCAGUGGUGCCGCACGCUAGUGGUUUCACCCACCAGUGCUGCCGCCCACCAGUGGUGCCGCCCGCCAGUGGUGCCGCCCUCCAGUGGUGUCGCCCACCAGUUUUGUUGCCCGCAAGUGGUGCCGCCUGCCAGUGGUGCCGCGCGCCAUUGAUGCCGUCCGCCACUGAUGCCGUCCGCCAGUGGUGUCGCCCGCCAGUGGUUCCGCCUGCCUGUGGUGCCGCCCACCAGUGGUGCCGCCCACCAGUGGUGCCGCCCACCAGUGGUGCCGCCCACCAGUGGUGCCGCCCACCAGUGGUGCCGCCCACCAGUGGUGUCGCCCGCCAGUGGUGUCGCUUGCAAUUGGAAUCGCCCACCAGUGGUGCCGCCCGCAAUUGA